AUGACGGGUGGCAACGAUAAACUAGCCAACUCUGCGCAUGCAGACUUUGUGAGUGGCAAUUACAAGGCAUGCCUGGAGAAAUUACAUACCCUCCAACGAAGCAACCCGAAUGAUCCUAAGAUCAAGCACAACCUGCUGCUCACUAAGUACUGUGCAGUGGAGUCAGGCACACGCCCUUGCAUUCAAACUACGCUUGAGAGCUUCACACGCGUGCUGAAGCCCUUCGCGACGGAACAAAAGGAUGAGCAGAGGGGAAUGAACAUGGAAGGCAUGGUUGCAGCCUUUAACAAAUCACUCGUGCUGUACUCCGCGCGACAGUUCCAUGCCGCCGCAUCAGAACUCGAUAGGCUUCUGGUGUUCUUGAGCUCUACAUCAGACAGGCUUUCACAGAACAUAUGCUUUCUGCUGUUGGAUGUAUGUCUUCUGAUCGGUGAUGCGGGACGGGCUGCGCGCGCCUUCGAACUUCUUGACAAAGACAUGGUAGGCAUUGACAAGGACGAGAAGGAUAAGGACAAAGACAAGGAAAAGUCGCAACCAGAGGAAGAGAUUUCGCAGUUCCGCUUCUUAUUCCAUCUGUACAAAGCUAAGCUGUAUAUCAUGACGCGCUCGUUCAAGCUGUGCAAACGGGAAAUGAAAUCCUGUCUGAAUGCCAGUAAUUCGGAGCCUGCCGGAUUAUUCCUGAAGGGUAAUUUUGAGUACCUGCGGAAGAAUCACCGCAAGGCCAUAAAGUUGCUCAACGGGUGUCCUAAUCUGCCCGCGAGUACUGUGCUACCCGUGCUCUACUAUAAUAAUUUGGCCAUAGUCCAUUUCCAAUUGAACAAACCGAACAUGGCCGCAUUCUACUUUGCUAAGGCAUGGAAAGCUAAUGAAGUGUUAGCGGCCGCGCAAUCAGCGAGCCAAGGUACAUCGGUGUUGGAAGCCGAUAAACGUUAUGAGUUGGCGUACAACCAUGGAUUACAGCUCCUGUACUCAGGUCAGCCUAAGGCUGCCUUUGCCUCUUUCAUGCGGUCUAUUCCCGCCUUCCGCAACGAAUCCCUGGUGUGGCUCCGCUUAGCCGAAUGCUGUGUGGGUGUGCAUGCAACCAGGAGAACGGCCUUCAAUCGAGCAUCAGAGCCUGUGACCAUUGUGAAAAAGGUCGUAGGCACCAAGCCGUAUAAGACCGUGGUAAUAUCUGAGAACUUCCCUGAUCCAAUCAAGAUGACCCUGGCGAGUGGGAGGGCUAGUGUCUCCCCAGGGGAGCGACAGGAAACGAUGGAGACCAAUCCCGUGUGUGGGCAUGCUGAGCCUUCGCUGCAAUUUGGGCUGUGGUGUGCUAGGAAUGCCAUGGUGUUGGCGAGUGCACAGCAGAGUAGGGCAACAGAGGUGCAGAGUGCGUACGCGAGUGCCAAUGCGAGCCUGGCUGGGAACAAGGACGACGAUAGCGGCAACCAUGGCAACCAAAAUAGCAAUAACAACAAUAGUAGUACUGUUGAUAAUGACGGGGACGGGCUCUCAGGGCCGGAUGCGGAGUGUGUGGAGACAACCAUCCAGCUGAACAUUGUGUACCUGUCCUUACACCUGUGCGACUACAACUCGGCCCUGUCGGUGUGUAAAGACAUCCUUACGCAACGGCCAUCAGACGGUAAUGCUGAAAGAAGCGCAAGCAAGAGUGUGUCACCCACGCUGAGGUGCAUUGCGCAGUUGUACGCGGGAGAGGCGUUGAUACGUCUCGGGCGUAUUCAGGAAGCUGAGCACAUGCUCAGUCCCACCGCAGAGGGCUUUGAAGGUGCGUUUUUGGAUGUGACUGUGAAUAUGAAUGACCCGUACACUCUGCCGCACAGCACGCAUAUGCAGCCUGCGGCCCUGCCUGGGUCCAGCAGUCAUAACAGUAAUGCGAAUAAUGGGCGUGUGAGUGUUGGCAGCAACAACGGCAGCACUCAACAGUCUUCUCCCGGUAUGUUGGCCAACUCAUCAGUUGGAGGGGGCACCAAAUGUGCUAAUAUGUUGUACAGCUCGCGAGGCGUGCAGAGUUUUGUACAGAACUCGCCCCAGACCGCUUUCAAGGCCCAACUUCUGAUCAAUCUGGCCGUGGGAUUCUGCCGUAGAGGUGACUUUGACAGAGCGGAGAACGCUAUGAUUGCUCUGAUGCGCCUUCUUCCUCCAACCGUGCCGUAUCCGCCCCAGGCUGUAUUGAUAGCCGUAUAUAUGGAUAUUGCAAGAGGCAAUUCUGUGAACGCACUGCGGAUGGUAAAGCAGCAUUCUCUCCCACUUUCGUGGACUAAUAUGGGACAGAACAACAAUUGGCGACAGCAGUAGCUCGGAUAGCCGUCGUCAACCGCACGAGAGUAUAUAUGCACAUGGGUCAGAUGGUGUAUGUGCGUCGUGCCUCAAUCUUGCGUUUAAAUGCAAUAGAGAUGGCACGUUGUGAUAUUGUACAAUUAGAGGGUAUCGCAUACGCACAUACACAAUCGGGGUAAGUGUUCUCGCGCUCCAAUGAUUAGUGAUACUUCUACAGCGAACACCAAGCGUCCGUCUACGUAUACACACAGCACUCAAUAAAGCAUACUAAAUUGAC